ACACCGUGACGUGUUUUUGACAGGAAAAUAAGCGCGCCGAAAUGCGGAUCGAGUGGUAGCGGUUCUUGUUGUUUAUUUUAGGCAGCUGAUAUUUCCUAGUUACUAAUAUCAAAGCCUAUCAAAUAUCGUCUUUAAACUGAAAAAGAUGGGUCUAUUCGACCAGUGUCGGGAGCUGUUCAAAACCGCCUGCUUGUACGAAGUUCUAGGAAUUACAAAGGAGGCGACUGAUGCGGAGAUCCGCCGUAGUUACUAUAAAGUGUCAUUACAAGUCCACCCUGACCGCGCGCCAGAAGACCCAGGGGCGACAGAGAAAUUCCAGGUGCUUGGAAAGCUGUAUGCCGUGUUGAGUGACCAGGAGCAGAGGCGGCUGUAUGACGAGCAGGGAGCGGUGGACGAAGGCGAUGAUUUGUUGACUCACGACCGCUGUUGGGAGGAGUACUGGAGACUGCUGUUCCCUAAGAUCACCGUUCAAGACAUCCAGGACUUUGAGAGGACGUACAAAGGCUCGGAGGAGGAGAGGGAGGAUGUGAUGCAGCUUUACGAGCAGCAUCAGGGGGAGAUGGAAGCCAUCUUGGCCUCGUCGCUGUGCUGCUCCCAGGAGGAUGAGUCCAGGCUCGCUGACAUCAUCCACGCCGCCAUCCAGGCUGGCGAGGCCACCUCCCACCCUGCCUUCACCCAGGAGGACGACAGGAAGAGGCUGGCACGCAAGCAGAAGGCUGAUGAAGAGAGAAAAGAGGCAGAAGAGAUGCAGAGAGAGAUGGGCCUGAGAGCAGAGGGUGACAGUCUGGUCAUGAUGCUACAGCAAAGGCAGAAAUUGCGAGAGCAGAGCUUCCUGUCUGACCUGGAGGCCAAAUAUUCCAAGAAAGGAGCGAAGAAGUGAAAACAGCCAUCGAAACACCUUCAACACUGAUAACUGUUCACUGAAAACACACACGUUUUGAUUAAAGUUUGUCAGUGUCAAUUGACACAUAUUUAUUACAAUAUGGUUUUGGUACACAUCUUGAGUUAUUUUUGUAGCGAGGGAUGGAUGUUUGGCUUGAAAGGUAUAUGUAGGGGGGGGGGUUGUAAUUGAGACAUGGGGUUAAGGCCAAUUCCAGUGCCAAUUUCUUUAGUUGGCUUAACUUUUUCUUUCCACAUGAUCCUCAAGCUUGACCAGUACCACAAGAAACCAUUUAAUGAAAUGCCCCAAAAACGACAACAAAAGUGCAUUGGUAACUGUAGUGAUUCUCAUAACAGAACAUUUCAUAUUGCACAAGGCUGCAUCAACACACCUAUCUGAAGCAAGGGGCCAGUUGGUGCUAGACUGCAGGAGGCCAGCUGUCUGACGUGAGGGGAAACUCCAGGAGACUGUCUCUUUCUGAGGGACUGGAACUGGGGCGCUUAACCCUGCUUA